UUUUGCCAAAUAAAUACUUCAUCUUUAUAAUCUCUUAUAAAGUCCUCAGGCAUCAAACUACCUUUCACUUCACACUAAAAGAUGCCACAUCUUCAAAUUUUGAACUCACAAGAUGAAUCACAAUCUCAAUUUUCUUAUUACCACCUACCGAUUACACACAACUGCAUCUUAACCAUCAAACACAAGAACUCGUACAUCUCGUCUCUUAGCAUUGGUGGGAAGUUGCUAUACACAGGUUCUUCCGACAAAGAAAUACAGAUGUUGAAGCGUGAUAAUUUAAGGUAUGAAUUUGAUCACGAAAAUCUGAAUAACAGCAUGAUAAUCACAGGAAAGGGUGCAGUAAAGUCUUUAGUGGUUUCCGCUGACAAAAUAUAUAGUGCCCAUCAAGACCACAGGAUCCGCGUUUGGAAAGUUGAUGAAAAUGACGCACAGCAAAAGAAGCUAACACAGUUGGCCACACUCCCAACGUUUAGUGAUCGGGCCCUAACGAUUCUAACUCCGAAGAAUCAUGUACAAGUUAGGCGACACAAGAAAUCCACAUGGGUCCAUCAUAACGAUACUGUAUCAGCACUAGCCGUGUCCAGGGACGGUUUGGUCCUUUACUCAGUUUCGUGGGAUAGAACACUAAAGAUUUGGCGUACAACUGACUUCAAAUGCCUAGAGUCAGUAGCUAAUGCGCAUGAUGAUGCAAUAAACGCAGUAGCAUUAUCAAGCCAUGGUGAUGUUUAUACUGGAUCAACUGACAAAAAAAUAAAGAUUUGGAGGAAAUUAAAAUCACCAAAAGGUGAGAAACACAAUUUGAUUGCUACAUUAAAGAAACACAGAUCUGGGAUUAACGCAUUGGCACUAAGCACCAAUGAGAAUGUUUUGUACUCUGGUGCGAGUGAUAGGUUGAUUACGGUUUGGGAGAAGAGUGACGAUGAUGGCAUGGUGGUCGUGUGUACGCUUAAGGGGCAUGUUAAGUCCAUAUUGUGUUUAAGUGUUGUAUCCGAUCUGCUGUGUAGUGGUUCUGCUGAUGAAACCAUAAGAAUUUGGAGAGGAGUUGAGAAAUGCUACUUUUGUUUGGCGGUUUUGGAGGGCCACAGUGGUCCGGUUAAGUGCUUGACUUCAGAAACGGAUCACCUCAGUUUAUCUGAUACAUCAGCUUCUUACAUUAUCUACAGUGGUGGUCUGGAUUCUGACAUAAAAGUUUGGCAGAUUUUGAUCCCUCUAUGAUAAAGGCAUAGUUUAAAAAACGGCUGAGGCGUAAGCCUCGAGGCUAGGAGCCCAAAAAAUGAGUCUGAGGCGGCGCCUCAGGGGGUUAUUUUGUACGUGCGUCUCAUAGGGCUAAAGCAAUAAGAAAAGUUGUGCCUCAGGGGGGGUUUUGAUGUUUUUUUAUGUUCUUAGACUUUUUGUGUCAAUUUCAAACAUUUCUUGUCUUUU